GUGAGUGACAGAUCAGUGAGCGCGGUGCGCAGAGAAUUUAAAGAAAACGUCACAACCGAGUGAGAGAGAGAGAAAGAGAGAGAGAGAGUGUAGUGAGAGGGAGGGAGACUAGAGAGGGACAGAGAACGAGGGAGGAUAUAUUGAUACACAACGACGGUGGUUUCUCUUCAGUGUGUGUGAGAGAGACCAUGAGUGAAGCCAAGAUGGAGUGCUGGAACAGAUGAAGACUGUCAUUGGUUCUUUCCAGUGGUCCUGAUGAGUGUUUCCAAACCACCUCCGCCCCAUUCCCAUUUCCCCCCCAGCAACCCGUCCUCCCAUCUCUCCCUGCCUCCAUCCUCCUCUACCUCCCCCUCUCCCUCCACCCCUCCCUCUGCCGCGGGUCCCCCCAGCCCCGCUGUGCCCCCUCCUCCCUCCCCAGUCAAGAUCUCCAUGCAGGAGCACUUUGCCAUCAAUGUGUGCCCCGGCCCCAUCCUCCCCAUCCCACAGAUCUCCGACUUCUUCCCUCGUUUCCACGACUUCCCCAUCACCCCCCCUCCACCCCGGGAAAAACAAAUUCUAAAGGACAAAGACAAGGACGGAGACGGGAACAGAGAGAAAGACCGCAAGAGGGAGAGAGAGCAAGAGGAGAACGGAGAGUUUGUCGACUCGGAUGACGAUGACACCUACCUGGGAACUCUGGAGUUCAGCCUGCUAUUUGACCAAGAAAAUAACUGCUUGCACUGCACAAUCCACAAGGCCAAGGGACUAAAGGCCAUGGACUCCAAUGGACUGGCGGAUCCAUAUGUGAAACUCCACCUCCUGCCUGGAGCAAGCAAGGCAAAUAAAUUGCGCACCAAGACUUUAAAGAACACGCUGAAUCCAGUGUGGAACGAAACACUCAUCUAUCACGGCAUCACGGCUGCUGACAUGACCACCAAAACCCUCAGGCUGUGUGUGUGUGAUAUGGAUCGUUUAGGACGGAAUGAGUUCAUAGGUGAAGUCAGGGUGGCCCUCAAGAAACUCAAGGAGGGAGAGAGCAAGAAAUACUACAUGGGCCUCGAGAGAAUUGCACAGACCCGGGAGGGGAACAGCCAGGCAGUGGAUGCUGGGGCUCCUGUUGCAGAAGAGGAGCGUGGCCGUAUCCUGGUCUCUCUGCAGUACCUCACAGAGAAAAGUUCUCUGAUUGUGGGAAUUAUUCGCUGUGCCCACUUGGCCGCCAUGGAUUCAAAUGGCUACUCGGACCCUUUUGUCAAAAUUAUUUUGCAGCCUGACAUGGGGAAAAAGUCCAAAUACAAGACCUCAGUGAAGAAGAAGACUCUAAACCCGGAGUUUAACGAGGAGUUUGCCUAUGAAGUCCCACAUGAUCAGCUGGCCAAGAAAACCCUGGAGAUCUCAGUAUGGGACUAUGACCUGGGCAUGAGCAAUGACUUCAUAGGUGGCGUUGAAUUGGGGAUUAACGCAAAAGGAGAGAGACUGAAACACUGGUUUGAGUGUCUAAAACACAAAGGAAAGAAAGUGGAGUACUGGCACACACUGACACAGCAAGGAGCCCCUAGCAGUGACUAACACACAGACAAGCACACACACGUUCAUCCUCUGAAAAGUAAUACAAACAUAAUGGAGUAAUAAUGAUAAAGAAAUGCAAUAAUGCUCAGUCUGAGAAUGAUGAUGAUGACGACGACAUUCAAUAUUAAUGCGUGAGAAAAAGCAUCAUAAUCUAUUGUACAGCUAAGUGUCACAUUCUUUUGUGAUGAGAAAGAAGCAAGUGUGAUCACAAGCCCAGAUUGUGACGCACAAACAAUCGACCCCUUUUUCUGGUCUACACGUCACUUAUGUGAAAUCGUACUGUGUUGUGACUAUGCCACAGGAGCUCAUGCCAUAUUAUAGUGUUAUUGUUUAUUACAUGUUAAACGUGUAAUAGCAUCCUGGUGUUUGUUACAGUUGGUGGUGCCGUAAUUUUGCACACUGUCAAAGCACAACACAUCCAGCUGACUGUAAAUGUCUAUGUGUACCUAUGUAUUUAUCUUUUGUGAUUUGUUACGUAUGAAAGUUUACAGUCUCUUCCAGCCCGACAAAAACAUGAUGCACAGGAAAAGCACAAGGGAUGGUGCGUGAAGGAACUCUUAAAGCAAUGAAAGGAACUGUCUAUGGAUUUAAACGUUCACUCAAGAACUGCCGUCUGUCACUUCGAGAAGAACCAAACGACAGUCACCUCAACGCGAAUGUUCGUGUGAAUGUCCCUGUCUGUGUUUUGUCUUUGUACGUGUCUCUGUUGAAUGUUUGUACAGUCUCCUACAAGCGCUGAUGCACAUUGACAGACUUUUUUGCUCUCUCUCUCUCCGGCGCCCUCUACUGGUUUAGAGGCCUAACCGCCAGAACAGUGCCAGUAUGGAGGGUGAAUCGCCUCUGGCAGGCCUCAUGCACAACUGCACGCCCCAUUAGGGGUUAAAUUAGCAAUCAAACGAAGCCUUUGAAGGACAAACUACCUGUCAAGGACGUCUUUGGGUCAGAACACAAAAUCUGGGUCGGUUUGCUUUGUCGUCCUGACAAUGUGUUGACAUAAGAUCUGUGAAACGAUGCACAUUUCUUGCCAUGCGUGGACAUUUCGGCUGUAAUUGUAUCUGUGUGAUUGCAUUUAUUAGCUGUUUAUUAGAUUCCGUAAAUCAGCUACCUGAAUCUACUUUUCAUCUGGUCUUGAUUGAAGACAUUUUAUGCAUUUAAUUGCACAAAAAAAAACGUAUUGUUAACCCUGUCCUUUCAUGGCCCCCGUUGCCGUUCCUGACUUGGAGUUCUGCUGUGUUUUUUAAUUAUUAUUUUUUACAUUUGAGUUAUCAAAUGAAUGGCCUAAGCGGUGUAUAAUUAUCAAAUGUUAUUCUAAGCAGCUGCAUGCCAAGUGAAUGUCACAUAUGCUUUGAUGGACCACCGAUCUGCAGUGCUUAUGUUUGUCCUAAUAUCCAUCAAUGGGCCCAUCUAAGGGUAUUUGUUUUUACUCAGUGAACUGGGACAAUCCAGACUACCUUUGAUGAAACAGCAUGGCAUUUAGAUAAUGGACUGGCACCACCUGCCAGCCAAGAUGGGACUCCAGGGGGAGCGUUAAUGAACGAGGGGUCAAACUGAAGGAGGAUUAUUCAAGUCUCGCUCACGUGUCCUCAUUGACUGUCUGUGUGGAACAUGUGAUGUGACUGCCAUCGUGUGUCGGUCAAUGUAACUGCGUCUCCGAAAUAAAUUGGUGCAACAGUGGCUGUUGGAAAUGAGA